AUGGGGUUAGCGGAUGAGAUUGCGAAGAAGCGAAAAGCAGCAAAGGAAAAAACAAACACUAAGAAACAAAAGCCAGACUCUCCCAAUACUGCUGACGUCGCAGAAGCUCCAAAGGAAGUCCUGAAAGAAACGGUCUCAGCUGAGCAGGAAUUCCUCCGAAGUGUAGCAGACGACAAGCUCGAGAAAUCCCUUAAAAUUUUUGAAGGUGAAGACUCCUCAUUAAGCAAAGAAGACCAACUUCGAAAACUAGAUCUUUUAGUGAAGACUGAGCAACGCAAUGACGCAUACAAGGCUUAUCUCGAUGAAGAGAGUUCUGCAUCUCCAGUCAUAACAUUGGAGAACAUUGGUGGUAUUGAAACAAACAAACGACAAUUGGAACUACAAGUGAGGCUUGCAUUGAAAGAUAUCAUCUCUUUGUGGGAGGCAAUGCCACAGGAGCCUCCGGAACCAUACACGAUUGGCAUGCUUCGAGAGGUCAAAAGGGAUAUCGUCAAGCUACUAUACAAACUUCGAGCCGGGAAACUAGAGGAUAGUAUCCUUCUAUCUCUUGCCACGGUUAUCUACUACAUCCAACAAAAAAGCUUCGUGAAGGCCAAUGAGAGUUAUAUGAAGUUGAGUAUAGGUAAUGUUGCGUAUCCCAUAGGUAUAAGAGAUGUCGGAAUACAUGCGAGACACGCUCUUCUGAAGAUCACAGGUGAAGACAAGUCUACUAUCGCAAAUGUCAUGAAAAGUGAGUCCUUUAGAAAAUGGAUUCUUGCAGUGAAGCGCUUAAUCUCCUACAGCGAAACGAAAAUGAAUUCGACAAAGGUUCCAAAGGAAGCAGAGAGCUAG